AAACAUAAAACAGGAGACACAUUUUAACCUGCGUCACAAACUUUGAGACUAGUUCUACAGUCACCCGGAGAGUCUGGUUCUACCCGGAGUCUGGUUCUACCCGGAGAGUCUGGUUCUACCCGGAGUCUGGUUCACGGAGAGUCUGGUUCUACCCGGAGUCUGGUUCUACCCGGAGAGUCUGGUUCUACCCGGAGUCUGGUUCACGGAGAGUCUGGUUCUACCCGGAGUCUGGUUCACGGAGAGUCUGGUUCUACCCGGCGGUUCGGAUGUCGGUGACGGUGAAGGCUUACCUGUUGGGGAAGGAGGAGUCGGUGAAGGAGAUUCGCAGGUUCACGGUGGAUCAAGAAGUUUCCUGUAGCUUCGAGUACCUGAGCAAGAAAACCGCGUCAGUUUUCAGUGGCUUCAAAACCUCUUCGUUCACUUUGUUCUAUCGAGAUGAGGACGGAGACCUGGUCGCGUUUUCCUCUGACGAUGAGCUGAUGAUGGGUCUGGGCUGCAUGAAGGACGCCACCUUCAGGCUGUUCAUCAAAGAGAAGAAGGAGCACCGUAGAGACUUCCCUCUUCACGCCUUCCCCCCCUUCACCUUUGGCCACCCUCCUCCACCUGGAGCUCCUCACCUGCCCCCGCAUCUGGCCCCGCCCCCUCACCCGGCCCCGCCCCCAGCCCUGCACCCCAAUGUCUCCUGUGACGGCUGCGAUGGUCCUGUUGUGGGAACUCGCUUCAAAUGUUCAGUUUGUCCAGACUACGACCUCUGCUCCUCCUGCCAGGCCAAGGGGACCCACACUGAGCAUGCUCUGUUACCCAUCUGGCACCCGCUGCAGUGGUUUCCUCGGGGGAAGUGGAUGAAGAGGAUGAGACACUGUAUGUGGAACUUAAACCAAAACCAGAAUCAAGCUCAGACCCAAGAGCCGGGCCAGGACGAUGGGGGACCAUCCAGACCUGCUGCUGGUUCCAGCAACCCCUCUGCCUCUCAGGCCAACGUGGACUUCCUGAAGAACAUUGGUGAGGGAGUGGCGGCCAUGUUGAGCCCUCUGGGUAUUGACGUAGAUAUCGACGUGGAGCAGGACGGUCAGAGGACAAAAGUGAAUCCCGCCCCUCAGGGAGGCGGGUCGGAGGGCAACGUGGAGACGGAUGGGGCCAGCCAGGGAUCAAAGGGGACCAGAGACUCUGAUGAGGAGUGGACUCAUCUCAGCUCCAAAGAGGUCGACCCCUCCACAGGCGAACUUCAGUCCCUGCAGCCUGGGACCCAGGACCCCCCGCCAGAACCAGGGCCACAGGACCAGGGCUCCCCCCCCGGAACGGGACCACAGCGGGGGCCCACAGGCCUGAGGGAGGCAGCGCUCUACCCCCACCUGCCUCAAGAGGCAGACCCCCGUCUGGUGGAGUCUCUGGCCCUCAUGCUGUCCAUGGGAUUCACCGAUGAAGGGGGCUGGUUGACUCGACUGCUUCAGGCAAAGAACUUCGACAUCGGAGCUGCUCUCGACGCCAUUCAGUACGCGGGACAGCCCCGCCCCCAAAAGCCCUGAUGACAUCAUCAUGUCACGUUUCCUGUUUCCUGUCUGUUCAUUCCUUCAAUUAAUACCAGUCACGUGGCUCCUUCAUUACUGUUUCUACUGAUUUAUUAGUCACUUCUUCACCUGAGCAAGAAAAUAAUAAAAUAAUAAUUAAACCUGAA